AUGUGGGCGUUGGCUCGAGCGUCAUCUUGUAGUGUUCUGCGGUCACCGUUAUUCCAGUCUCGAACACAUGCAUCGUUGAUACGAACACUGAUGACACGGUCGCAAGGCCCAAGUCGCAAUCGUGAUGCAAUGUACUAUAUCGUAAGCCUGGGUGUUGUUGCCGUUGGGGUAACAUUCGCUGCAAUUCCUGCGUAUCGAAUAUUCUGCGAGAAAACUUCUUUUGGUGGACUCACUCAGAUAGCCAAAGAUUUUGAUCGUAUUGCAUCAAUGGAAAAGGUUGAGGAUCGUCUAAUUCGUGUACAGUUUAAUGCUGAUAUCCCAUCUUCAAUGCGCUGGCAAUUCAAGCCUCUUCAACAUGAGAUUUAUGUUCAUCCUGGUGAGACAGCGUUGGCAUUCUAUACAGCCUACAAUCCAACCGACAGACCUAUCGUUGGGAUCAGCUCAUAUAAUUUGACGCCUUUCCAGGCUGCCUAUUACUUCAACAAGAUUCAGUGCUUUUGCUUUGAAGAACAGAUUCUGAACCCGGGUGAAAAAGUAGAUUUGCCUGUUUUCUUUUAUAUCGAUCCAGAGUACGCAAAUGAUCCAGCGUUGGAAUAUCUGGAUAGUAUACUGCUCAGUUAUACAUUUUUUGAAGCAAAGUCAGAUUUGGUUCUACCGAGUCCGUUCGAUCCCAAGAAUCGACCGAGUGUUCAGGGCUUUCCUGAACCAAAAAAUCCGAAUAAACAAACCAAGAAUACCUCAAGCUUAAUUGAAGAGGGCGUUCCGAGGAAGAAGACUCAAAGUAUACCGAAAUCACCCCAAGCAUCCUUGUCGAAAGGAGAAGCCUAG